AUGAGUACCGGUAAUACAGGAACAGACAUAACCAUUGAUGAAGUGGACUAUAUCGACGGACAGGGGACUUGUUUCCGAAUCGUCGGUGAAAGUACUGAAGUGGACGAACAUGGUCAUCCGGUAGCGCAAUACGAACGAAUCCCAUUACCAGACCUGAUGUGGUGGGAGGGUGGCGGCAGGGGCAAGAGUAGAAGGAGAAUCACGCUGUCGGAAAGGAGUGAACUCGAUCAAUGGCGGGUUCGCGCCAUCAACAGUCAUAGACAAGCCACAUUCAGAGUCCGGAGGAAAACCCGGCAACAAGAAACAGACGCCGAACGCGUUGAAUCCCACAUCCAAGCCUUUGGCGUAGCGGGAGCCUACGAGCCCUCUGCAGCCUCGGGAGAACCUUCCUCUUCUCAGCAAGCCGGUAUGACCAACGAGCAAAUGAUGCAGUUCUACAACAGCAUGACCCCGGAGCAGCUUCAGUAUUAUGGAGGCUAUGACACCCAGUACGGUGGUAAUAGUAGCAUGACGCUUCCGUCUCAGCAAGAAAUGGAGAUAAUGGGUCAAGUGUACGGCGAGACGAUGGGUAAUCAGCCUUCGUCAAUGGCCAGCUAUAAUCCAGAGCUGGAUGAUGAGUCUGCACUUGCACAGCGGUUUAGAGAGCUAUAUGGUGGCAGAGCAGCCAAAUAG